GGCCUUUUCUUGUGUCCUGUUUGUUAAAGGCAUGCCGGCUACAGCAUUCAAGAGGGCCAUUCCUUAACAAAGGGAAAGAUAUAAAUGUAAAUAAGCUCACAUUUUUCAGAAUGAGCGGUUUGCUGUAAGAAGCUGCGGCAGCCGUAAGUCUGCUACUUUGGGCUGGGCUUAACCUUUCCCUGUGGAAAAAAAACCGGAUUAAAAUAUGCACUUUUAAAGUGCGAGUUGCCCGUUCACAUGUUUAUUAGCUAAUUUUCUACAGGCAUGAUCACACUCUCUCAUCUAGCACACUCUUUCUUGGGGAGGAAAACAUUUCCUAAGAGUCCCUAGUCUCUGAGUGGUGAACCCUGCAGUCAGCAGGCCUCCUGAAAAAAAUCCAUGGGUGACAGAAGAUUCACUGACUUCCAAUUCCAAGAUUUAAAUUCAAGCCUCAGACCCAGGUUGGGUAAUGCUACUGCCAAUAAUACUUGCAUCGUUGAUGAUUCUUUUAAGUACAAUCUGAAUGGUGCUGUCUACAGUGUUGUAUUCAUCCUGGGUCUGAUAACCAACAGUGCCUCUCUGUUUGUCUUCUGCUUCCGCAUGAAAAUGAGAAGUGAGACUGCUAUUUUCAUCACCAAUCUGGCCCUCUCUGAUUUGCUCUUCGUCUGCACUCUACCUUUCAAAAUAUUUUAUAAUUUCAACCGCCACUGGCCUUUUGGUGACACUCUCUGCAAGAUCUCUGGGACUGCAUUCCUCACCAACAUCUAUGGGAGCAUGCUCUUCCUCACCUGUAUUAGCGUGGAUCGUUUCCUGGCCAUUGUUUAUCCCUUUAGAUCUCGUACCAUUAGGACCAGGAGGAAUUCUGCCAUUGUGUGUGCUGGAGUCUGGAUCCUAGUCCUCAGUGGUGGUAUUUCAGCCUCUUUGUUCUCAACCACUAAUGUCAACAAUGCAACUACCACCUGCUUUGAGGGCUUCUCUAAAGGUGUCUGGAAGACUUAUCUGUCCAAGAUCACCAUAUUUAUUGAAGUUGUUGGGUUCAUCAUUCCUCUGAUAUUGAAUGUUACUUGCUCUUCUGUGGUGCUAAGAACCCUUCGAAAGCCUGCUACACUGUCUCAGAUUGGGACCAAUAAGAAAAAAGUGCUGAAGAUGAUCACAGUGCAUAUGGCAGUCUUUGUGGUAUGUUUUGUACCCUAUAACUCCGUUCUCUUCGUGUAUGCCCUAGUGCGCUCCCAAGCCAUUACCAAUUGCUUUUUGGAAAGGUUUGCUAAAAUCAUGUACCCAAUCACCUUGUGCCUUGCAACUCUUAACUGUUGUUUUGACCCUUUCAUUUAUUACUUCACACUUGAGUCCUUUCAGAAGUCCUUCUACAUCAAUACCCAUAUCAGGAUGGAGUCCCUGUUUAAGACUGAAACACCUCUGACCACAAAACCUUCCCUUCCAGCAAUUCAAGAGGAACUUAGUGAUCAAACAACACAUAAUGGUGGUGAGUUAAUGCUAGAAUCCACCUUCUAGGUACGAGAACUGUCUUUAGGUGCAGAUAUAGUUUCUCCUAUGAUUUUUCUUAUGCUAUGAAUAAGAGAAAAAAUUGAAGCUAAUGAUACUGAGAAUAGAUUAAUGUACUGAAUACAGUCAGAUGCAUUUAUUUGAACGUUUACUGUACAUAUGCUGUUUUGUUCAAUAUUUAUAGGUCAGGUCUAAUUACAGCAACCAAAAGUGAAUGCCACACUCUUCUGCUGGGUUGAAAUUUCAUUGAAUCACGUUAUAUAAGUGGCCAGUGACCUUGAGUGUAGUGAUAUGGAGAUUGCUUUCAAACUUCUAAAGAGAUUCCAUUCCAAUAAUAUUUGGUAAUUAGGUUGGGCCUAUAAAUAUAGAACAAAUUCAGGGAUUAUUUAAAAAAGACCUUGUGUUACUACUGAUAUAUGCUAGUUUUUGUUUGAAUUGUCAUCAAGUUUAUUUUAGCACAAGAACAUAUUUUAGCCUAACAUUAUUAAUAAGAAAUGUAUCAAAUAGAAAAGUGCUGGCAAAUUUAUUGUAUAUAUGUUGAAAGCAGAAAGAUAAAUUGUAUUUUGCAUGGAUAUAGGUGGGAAACAGAAAAUUAACUGGAGUUACACAUUUGCAGUCACCAGCAGUGUCAGUAUUUUAAAAAUAUCCUUCCUUUUUUGUACACUACAUUAAGAUUUUCAUAUGAAACUUCAAAUAUAGAAAGCUGCUAAAUAUGUGCCGGUGACAGGUACACAAUGGAAAAUCACAUAAAACAACAAUGUCCAUUAAAAUAUACCUAAGCAACAUCAUUUUUUUCUUAGAAUUUCCAAUUAUAUUUCUUUUCAGAGACUUAUUUCUAUAACAUAUUCUCCAUAUGAAAUUUGGAAGCUCAAUGCAGCCAGAAAGCUGCUGCAUUUGUGUCUAGGUCAGGAGCAAGUUGAAAAAAAACAAAAGAAAAUAAUAACAAAAAGUAAAACAAAACAAACAAAAAACCUUUCUUAUAAUUUGCAUUAAUCAUUUUUUUUGGCAGGAAGAGAGAUCUUUAACUUUAAGUUACUUAUUCUUUCAUAUUAAAUUUUGGCGCUCAGUGUAGCCAAUGCAGCUGAACUUGUGCCCAGGUUGGGAGCAUAUUGAAAAAAUACAUAAACCAAACCAAACCAAUGCAGACAGACAAACAAACAAACAACCCAGAAAC